UUUGUAUUUUGUUGUAUAGGGCAUAGGCGCCGAUGGACCAGCACCGGUGCACUUCGAGCCUCAAGUUGCUGUGCUUUGCGAUGCCAAAUCAGAUACCCCAUACUAUAGCCAGUUCAUGUCGGAGAAUGGUCGGUGGACGUCUGAUACGAAACGCAAAGUCGGAUGCUUAAAGGAGAAAGUUGACAUUUUGGACUACUGUAAAAAAGUUUACCCCAAGAACGACAUUACCAACAUAGUGGAAUCCAGCCAUUACGUAAAAAUCGGUAACUGGUGUAAAAUGGGAUUCAACAAAUGCAAGCACACGGACUGGGUGAAACCGUACAGAUGUCUUGAAGGACAAUUCCAAAGUGACGCUCUUUUGGUGCCCGAAAAUUGUAUAUUCGAUCACGUGCAUAAUCAGAGCAAAUGCUGGCCUUUUGAUCGCUGGAACCAGACUGCGGGUCAAGCUUGUCAGGAUCGUGACCACAACUUAAGAAGUUUCGCCAUGUUGCUCCCUUGUGGCAUAUCGUUGUUUUCCGGUGUAGAGUUUGUCUGCUGUCCAUAUAAAGAUAAAAUCCAAUUGAAGAAAACGGCACCAGUAGCUGCAGAUAGUCUUCUCUCUUCGGAUCAAUUCGACGUAGAAGAAGACAUCGAUGACGACGAUGACGAUGAAGAUGAUGAUGACGAAACAAUUGACGAAGAAGAUGACGACGAUGAUUAUGAUAACUAUGAUGACAUGCCACCGUCUCGCAUGUCAUCGACUUCGACUUCUACUGCAGCGCCAACCACCAGUACCUCCACUACCACAAUGGCAACGACCACGAGGAAAGCUACUACCACCACGACAACCGUACCACCACCGCCUCCUCCACCACCAUCUACUCCCGAAAGCUCUCACACAACACCAUCCAACCCUAUUAGGAACUUGCCGACCCCAGACACGUAUUUCACGCAUUUCGAUCCCAGAGACGAGCAUAAGUUGUACAAAGAAGCUCUGAACCGAUUGGAGGAAUUGCACCGUGAGAAGGUGACUAAAGUAAUGAAAGACUGGUCUGAUUUGGAAGAACGGUACCAAGAAAUGCGUUCAAAGGACCCACACAUGGCAGAAGAGUUCAAACAACGAAUGACGCUCCGAUUCCAGCAAACAGUACAAUCCCUGGAAGAAGAAGGUUCAGCGGAAAAACACCAACUGUUUGCCAUGCAUCAACAGAGAGUGAAUGCCCAUAUUAACCAUAGAAAGAAGGAAGCCAUGAACUGCUACGUUUUUGCUCUCAACGAAAACCCUCCGAAUACUCACAAAGUACAGAAAUGUCUUCAGAAACUUCUCAGAUCAUUGCAUAAGGACCGCCAUCAUACAAUAGCACAUUACCGACACUUACUGGCAUCUAGUAUUGAAUUGGCGGAACGUGAAAAAUCAGUCACGUUGGAACAUUUGGUAGACAUUGAUCACAUGGUCAACCAAUCGCUGCAAAUGCUUUACAGAUAUCCAACAUUGUCACGCAAGAUUUCGCAAUUGAUGUCGGACUACAUCCAAGCACUCAGGAGCAAAGAUGAUACUCCAGGGUCGCUUUUGGCCAUGACCAGAGAUGCCGAAGCUAGUAUACUGGAUAAAUACAAAGAAGAAAUCUCGACCACACAAGAAGACAAAUCUCGCGCAAGAUAUCCGAUGGAAAUGAAACGCAAACAACCGCACGAAAUGGUUGAAUCAAAGGAGGCCAAACUUCAAGUUGAAACAGCCGCUGAGUUUGAUGCUAACGAAAACUCUGAAACCCAACCACACCCAGGUCAGCAACUACAGGCCCAACAACAACCCACGGCAACCAAACCAGAUCAAAACGCCGCUGCCGCCGCUCCAGCCGCUGCUGUACAACACCACGACCACGAUUCCGAACCAAAAGUCUCUCAUGCCCAAGUGCAUGAUAUAAGUCACGGAGAGCCGACAUUCUUCACCCGGAAGAACUUCCACCGUGAUUCAAGGAACGUCCACCUAACGUUGGCAUUUGCAGGAUUGUCGUUAAUAGCCGCAAUUUGUGUCGGAGUAGCCGUGAUUCGCAGAAGAAACGCCAGAUUGCCACAAAAUCAGGGAUUUAUCGAAGUCGAUCAAGGUAUAUCCCAAGAAGAACGUCACGUAGCCAACAUGCAGAUAAAUGGAUACGAGAAUCCCACUUAUAAAUAUUUUGAAGUCAAAGAUCAAUAAAAAAAAAAUUAUAGCCCACAUAGCGAGAUACGUACUUAAGGAGACGAUUUUAACCACCCAGCAGCGUUUUAACCAUUUAUCUAUAUAUGCAUAAAUAUUUACAUAAAUAUGGAUGUACGUGAUACAAAUAGGAACAUAUUAUUAAUAUAUAUAUUAUGUAUCUAUAUAAAUAUAUAAUAUAUAAUUAUAUAUUAUAUAUAUAUAGGUCUGAUUAAUUACAAAAUUAACGUCGUUUUAUGCAUAGAUGUAGGAAGGACCAUAAUAAACUUCUAGACAAAAGUGCCAUUUUAUUUUCAUUCCAUUUAAAAACAAUAAUAACAUAUCCAUUAUUUUACGAAAAGUUUUAACGAAAUCGCCUAAUGCAUUGUUCUAGUCAAAACAUGCUUGUUUUUCAUUAGUCAUGUUGGACAUUCAUAUUAUACACAAUAUUUUAAAAAACAUUUAAAUAAUAAUUAUACUCAAAA